AUGAAAUUUCAACGUCGUAUUCUACCUCCACAUUCACCAGUCUAUCUCGAAAUGGAGGAAUAUACUACGCCAGCAUCUUCACGUCAGUCAAUAUCAUUUAGCGGAUCCACAAGUGAUUUGAGUGAAAUUGGAAGCGUCUAUUCUUUACCAGUUAUGUCUAAGCAACGGUCUGAUUCAUUAACAAAUUUAUUUAAUAUGUCAGAAGAUAGUACAUCAUUAUCAAAUUUAAGUAUCGCAUCAUAUUCUUUAUCACAACAUUCAUGUGAAAAUGGAUCUUAUACAAACAGUACAAAUUACACAGCAGUAUCACCAAUAACAUUAUCCUCACCACUACCACCACCACCACCACCAUUACUACCUCUACAACAACAGUCAAUAUCAAACAAUCAUGGAUCUGACAAGAUUUCUCGAAAACAAUAUAGUUCGUCUUAUCGCAGUUUGAGUGAAGAACAAAAUUCCCCAGUGCAUAAUCGUAGAUUAAAUCUGAAUAAUAAUAAUAAUAAUAAUAAUAACAAUAAUUCGCGUCGUAGUGGUGAUUCUACACGUUACUAUCAUUUCAGUUCAACAAACAUGAUUGGUAAUUCAUUGACAACGAGUAGUCAAAAAAGUUUUUCUAUUAAAACAGCUGAAACUGUUUUAAAUACAAUCGGUAUUACGACAUCAUCAUCACAUGAUGAUUUAACAGAUAAAUGUGGUUUAAUUGCACAUGAUGGUAAUGAUACUGAAAAUAACGAUGAGGAUACUACUACUACUACUACUAAUAAUAAUAAUAAUAAUCAAAAUCAACAUCAAUAUGAUGAAAUACAAAAUUAUGGUGAUACUCAUUUUGUUGAUAAUUCAGAUGAAAAUGAACUGGAUAUGACAUUAUCAAGAAAUACUCAAAGUACAAUACAAACUGGACGAGGUUUAAGAAAAACCGUUUUAAGUAAUGUUGAUCGUUUACUGAAUUCUGGCAAUAAACAAAUAAAACUCUAG